AUGGCGUCUGCGCCCGAAAACCGAGAGCUGCAAGCAACUACUCCCGCUGCCGAACAAGACAACGAUCCUACACAGAGCGACAAAAAGCCAUGUAGAUCGCCUGUUCACCCUAUUCCACAGUUGCAGGGCCCGUUCGAAGAAUCAAUCUUUGAAGCAACCCAGGAAAAAGACACGCAAUGGAUCGUCAAUCUUGACGCCCAGUCUCGGAGAAAAGAGUUGCUCGAAAAUGCCGAGUAUGAACGACUCUGUGGGAGAAAAUGGCGCCAACGAGCUGGCGAAAGGCAAGUGAAGUUCUAUAUAACCCGAUCAAGAGCACUGUCCUUAACGACGAUCAACAAGCUAAUUGGUCACAGGUAUCAUCCUCUGUGGAAAUUGAUCUCUCAGAUUUCAUUUGGAGUACAUUUGCUGGCCAAAGGAUUGGCGAAAUCCAAACUAGAAGUUUUGAAGAUCCUCCAGCGUCAUGUGGAUGAGCUUGACGGGUUCAUUGAGAGAAACACCGAGGACUACUUCAUCAUCCAGGUUGACGUCCGCACAAGAAUCCAGUAUCUCAGCCUGCCCCUCCAGAAUUUGGAUGUUUUUGAUGAAAUGUUGCAGGAUCGCAACUUUCGCCUCACUAUGAUUGAUUACAAUGAGCAGAUCGAACAUGCAGUUGAGCGAUUUACCAUGGCAGUGAAAGACUCCCUCAAAGACAUCCAGAAAGGAAGAGAAGCAAUUGGUGCUUUGUGGCGUUAUAUCGGACAUUCGGCGAAAGAAAAUAGGCCCCUCCCCAGUGACUUGGUUGCUCUCUAUAACGCUAUGCUGGCGAACACGGAAGGUUGGAAUAUGGCGCUGUCUAAACUUAGCAGAAAGGGAAUGGCUCUUGAGUCAGCUCUUGCGCAGCUCGGUUUGGCCAUCAACGAGAUGCAACGGCGCAUAGGGGUUGCAAGCAGGAAAGAUGUGGUUGGUAUCCCGCAAUGCAUUUUCCUCAUAAAUCUCAGUAGGGGCGGAAUAUUGAUUUUCAAGCUAGGUGUCACUGCUUCAGAAUCCUAA